UAGCGCUACGUAAGGCACGCGCUCCGGUUUGCUGGCGGAGAAGAUGGCGGCUGAAGUGGGGGAGUAUAUCAGCGUCGGGAGCCAUGUCUCUUGCCUCACCUGCCUGGGACAGCGGCUGCAAGGGGAGGUGGUGGCGUUCGACUACCAGUCCAAGAUGUUGACUUUGAAAUGUGCUUCCUCCAGCGGCAAGCCUAACCUCAGCGACAUCAUCCUGAUCAAUUUAAACUGCGUUUCCGAAGUGGACAUCAUUACUGACCGUACCGAGACUCCGCCCCCUCUAGCAUCGCUGAAUGUCAGCAAGCUUGCCAACCGAGCAAAGACAGAAAAGGAGGACAAGUUGUCCCAAGCCUAUGCAAUCAGCGCUGGGGUGUCUGUGGAAGGCCAACAGCUUUUCCAGACGAUUCACAAAACCAUCAAAGAGUGUAAAUGGCAGGAGAAGAACAUUAUCGUGAUGGACGACGUCGUCAUCUCGCCGCCUUACCAGGUGGAUAACUGCAAAGGCAAAGAGGGAAGCGCUUUAAGUCAUGUACGCAAAAUAGUGGAGAAACAUUUUAGAGACGUGGAAAGUCAGAAGUCCAUGCAACGUUCACAAGCACAGAAAACACAGAAGGACUCCACUUUAUCUUCUUGAGGGGCUGCCACAGGGAAGCCGGGCGGAGGGGGAGGUGUGUGUGUGGGGGGGCCUAAAGGUGGGGGCGGGCAUCGCCGUCCCCGCUCCCACCGCCGCUGCCGCCAUAGCGAGUCGGCAUUCCUUGUCCUCAGCGCGGGUAUCUGCUACAAGGCGGAGUGCUGAGGUUCCUUCUUGGAUCGUGAAGACGAUAAAAAGAAAAAAAUUACCAUUUAAUGAAAAAGAGAAAAAGAAAGGAAAGAUAAAAUCUUAAAUUAGACUUUAUAAAGAAUAAUUUAAUCAUGAACCAUAAAGCCGCCAUAGUUUCCUUAACUAACUUGAGCCCUGCCUCCUGUUUCCUUCCCGUCGACCUUCCUUCCCGUCGACCUUCCUUCUCUGUCUUCAGUUCCAUUUCAAAAAAGACAAACUAGCGCAGUCAGAAAGGAUUGUUAGCUUAUUUUCUGUCAUCUUUUUUGUUUUGUUUUUGCUUUGUUUUGUUUCUUUCGGCCGUUUCCCAUGUUCUACUGUCUGUAUUUUCUGUAUUUUAAAACAAAAUGUGACUUGAAAUGCCACACUUUAAAGGACAUUUUCUAAAAUAAACAUAACAAAAAUUCUGACUGUAAAUUUCAGCCGUUAUUUGAAAAGCCAACCAUUUAUCGGUCUUUUAAAGAGCCUGUCUGUUUUUGACAUUGCAACUUGAGACUGAAUUAGACCACAUUGGAGUAAUACAAGUUGGAACCAAAAUAUUGGGUUCUACAUACCAUGUUAAUAUUUCUUCCUUUAGGAGUAAGAAAUAAGGUUGUCAAAAGUAUUGAAGGAUUGAUACUGAAAAGUUGUAUCUGGAUACGAUUUUUGAUUGCAAAAGUAUCGAUACUUUUUUGGCGAGACCGUAGGCCACAAGUAAUUUGUUGUCAUCGGCAAAAUUUGAAUUUUGUACUACUCUUGAUAGUAAUUGAUGAUAUUUUGGCAUUUUCCUUGUUAACUCAUGGGCUGCCAUUGACAGAUGUCCAAUCCAUUAUGACCAGUCAAAACUUCUAUCGCCGUCAAUGGCAGUGACAGAUGAGCAUUCACAGCCAGGAUGUGACCCAAAAUGAAUAGGAAGUGGUCUGGAAUUGAAGUUAAAACAACAGGAAGUGACCUAGGAAUGCCCUAAAAUCAAUAGGAAAUGACCUGCAGGAUAUUUCAAUGUAUUGUUUUAUCAACUUAUUGGCUGUGAUUGACGGCAGAAUGUUGAUUCACUAUCCCUCCCACUUCAAAUGGUUUGGACGUCUACUAGACUAAUUUCUAGCCACAGCAGACGGAUGAUUGGAUGUCACACAACUGGAGUCAGUCAUUGUCACUGGCACAAAAGACCAUUAAAAAAAUUAAUUUUAUGUGGUACAGUGGUACUUCUAUUUACGAAAUUGGUUCUUGUAGUUUCGUAAACUGAACAUUCCAUAAGUAGACUAAUUUUCCAUGUAUUGGGGGUUUGGAACAGAUUAUGGCAUAUACAUAAUUUUAUAAAGCAUACGCGUCAACACAUGGAACAAAUUCAUGUAAAAAUUAGAUUACUGCACAAUAAACAUAAAAUGAGAAUUGUGCAUAAUGCAAAACACAAAGAAUAUAAUACAUACAGUAGGGGCCCCUAUUAGCCAAUUGGAUGCCAGAAAGAUGCUAGGCAAUACCCAUAGGCAGAGCAGCUAUAAGUAUGUUACGUUCACUAAACUCUGGGAACUGCAAGUAGCAGCCACUUUAUUUUUCCCUUUCAUAUCCGUAAAUUUUUCAUAACAAGAGGCAAUAUUUUCCAGUUGAGGCGUGACGUAACCUGAAAAUUCCUUAUGUAGAGACCAAUGGCGUAGGUUUGGUGUCAACAUUGGUAGGGACGAUAUAACAGCAUCACUUGCAUGUACACUUUUUGCUGGGGACGGGACAUCAAUAAGACCAAACAGAUUGGGUGAAUGGGGCUCAGUGCUACAUUU